AGGUGAAUGAGCUUCUAUCGAAAUAUUUAUGCUUUUGUCUGGACUGGGGCACUUUUUCUGUGUUGGGGAUUAUUUUAACUUUACACCGCCCGUAAUGAGAUUCAACUGUUGAAGAUGGCGGCGUCAGGUCAACAUUUUUCCAGCGAAGACUGCAAAGUGGUCCUUAACGAAAUCCUCGACACGCUGAACAAGGAAGAGAAUGUCGCUCAAUUAGACGAAGCCCGAGAGAGUGCUGGCAACGACAUGUUGAAAACGAUGCAACUUGUUUUCCCGUUAGCAACACAAAUUGAAAUGGGUAUCAUUGAAAAAUAUGGAUUCCCAGGAAAUGGAGAAGGUUUGGUCCGUUUCACUCAACUGGUCAAGUCGUACGAGAAGUACAACCUUGAAAUCUCUCAGUUAAACGAGAAGCUACGGGCAAUCCUCAUCCCUCCGCUGCCCCUGCAACCACCUCCGACCACAAGCACAGCAGCAACAGUUACAACAACAUCGGCUGCUGCUGCUGCUGCUGCACCGGCACCAGAAGAAGCAACCAUUGUCUCAUAGAUAAAAAAAACACACAAACACAUACAA